GGAUUGUUGUGAAUCUUCAGUGUAUGUGACUAAUGAUGGAUGUCUGGAUUCAGUGUGGAUGAGCAGAGAUCAGAGCUGCACACCACAGACACUGCUGGACUCUAAACUCUCUGAAGAGAAAUCCAGACACACACAGGACUCAGAUCUCAGUCUGACUUUACUCUGUUAUACUGAGUCAAAGCUUACAGACACACAGGACACAACAGUGUGUGACAGUAAACAGAGCUUACAGGAGGACCAAACCUCCACAGAGUCUCUGGAUUCUGUCUGUAACGCUGGAGAACAGCAGCAGAUCCUGCAGACCAAACUGAAGAUGUGUUCAGUUAAAAUCAUUGACUGCACGAACCUCAUGAUGAAGACUAAAACUGAACCCACAGAAAUCAAAACUGAACCCACAGAAAUCAAAACUGAAUCCACAGAAAUCAAAACUGAGCCCACAGAAAUCAAAACUGAACCCACAGAAGAGGAAGAUCGCCCUGAUGAAGAUGAUGACUUUAUUACAUCAGAUGUGAAGAGCGAUUCAUGUCUGGAUAUAGAAAUAACGUCCUCAACAUCAAAAGAGCGACUGACAGCACAAACUCUUUCCUGCAUCACCUGUGGAAAGACAUUCAGCUCACAGAGACAUUUAGAGAGACAUGAGAGAAAACACACAGAACAGAAACUCUUCACCAGAUCUGAGAUCAGCUUUACUACCUUACAAGAGAAGAAACUUCAUUCAGAAGACCACAGAGAGAAGAAGAAGAAGAAGAAGAAGAAGAAGCAGUUUCACUGUGAGCAGUGUGGAAAGAUUUUUGAUUCUUCCUCUAAUCUAAAUGUUCACAUGAGGACGCACAGUGAUGAAAAGCCUUUCAACUGCACUGAAUGUGGAAAAUACUUCAGAACCAAACAAAAUCUUGAUAUUCAUCAGAGAAUUCACACAGGAGAAAAACCUUACGAGUGUCCUCACUCUGGGAAGAGUUUUAAUGUAAAUGCUGCCUUACUAAGGCACCAGAGACUUCAUACAGGUGAAAAACCUUUCAAAUGUUCUCAGUGUGACAAGACGUUUGCUUGUUCAAGUAACUUAAAAAAACACAAAAUUGUUCAUACUGGGGAGAAACCUUAUCGCUGUAGUGUCUGUUGGAAGAGUUUUAGUCUAAAGCAGAAUUUACUAACUCACCAGAAAAUUCAUACAGGUGAAAAACCUUUCAAAUGUUCUCAGUGCGACAAGACGUUUGCUUGUUCAAGUAGCUUAAUAAACCACGAAAGAGUUCAUACUGGAGAGAAACCUUAUCACUGUAGUGUCUGUGGAAAGAGUUUUAGUCAACAGUCACCCUUAAUAAGGCACCAGAGAAUUCAUACAGGUGAAAAACCUUACAAAUGCUCUCAGUGUGACAAGACUUUUUCUAAGUCAGAUCACUUAAAAUCUCAUCAGAGACUUCAUACUGGAAAGAAACUUUAAAAGAACAGCAUGUAAGAAAUUUAUAUAAAUGAAUCAUAAAACAA